AUGUCUUAUACCAAAGAGCUCUCCUUUGACGAAAUGCUUCUUUUCGUGCAAGAUCUCAAAAGUCAAUGUGCGCGGGACUUUGAUGUUGUUUAUCUUCCAGGUGAAAGCCCCAUUCAAGGUCGCUGCCCCGCUGGAGGUUACCACGAAGAUGUCAAAAGUCUCAAAAAAGCCGACAGAAGUGCUCACAUUCACAACUGCGUUCGACGUGAGAUUGCUUUGGAUAUUUAA